UAGGUUUUGUGGUAAAAAUGAAAUACCAAAUCAUGUUGGCCGACCUGUAAAUUAGAGGUUCGUUAAAAUAAUGCCUGCUUUAUCAUGUUGGUUCUAUGUAACACGUUUUAAAAGCUAACUCACCAAUAGUAGUACACUGCGAGUUAUCUAAUGCUAUGUAUAGAUUGUUUUCAUAGAUUGACCUACUUUUUGGUUCUUUUCCUAAAUUGCUUUUUUUCUAAUAUAAUAUAUAUUUUUAUUUAUGUAUUAACUUUUUAAGAACCUUUUUAAGUAUGCACAUCUACAUGGUACUGUCGCGCAAUGGCAAUUUUUAAAAACAAUGCUUUUGUUUAUUACCCAGUUAUAUAUCUCCGUUAUAUUUCAGUGGUAAAAUAACAAUGUGGAUUAUAAAGCCGUUCAGCUCACAAUUUACAUUUCGUUUUUAAAACCUGUUUAAAAAAUAAAAUGACCAUAGUAUAUUGUAACGAAGAUACAUUGUACCAAAAAUGUUUGACAAAAAAAUAUAUGAUGAGAUUAACGCUUUCUUUAAAACACGCAAUACAAAUCUCUUUCUGGCACUGGGCAACUUGCCAUUUUGGGAUCUUGCUAACAUUCUGUUAUAAAUAUCACAAUCUUCCCCAAAGGGGAGAUCAGUGUUUGAAUCUAUCUCAUGUAAAAUUAGUUUGCUAGUCUUAACUUAGCCCCCAGUGGACAGCACACAACAUUCAGCUGCCCCUGCCUGACAGAGGCUCUGGACUAAAGGGGUAUUCAGGUAAACAUUCAGGUGUGCUCUAACAAACCAUGUUGACCUUGUGGUUCAUCUUGUAAAUUUGCACAGUAGGUUUUCAGUUUACUAUGCUUAUUCUAUGCAACUGUUGUUAAUCAUGUUUGUUCUUUUACCAUGCUUAAUAAUAUUUCCAGUAUGGGUUUACUAUGCUUUAGCAGACUUUGCUAUGCUUUUGCCAUGUAUACCCCAGUAACCUGAGGGUUUACCCAGCUUAAGUGUCCUUCACUUUCAUUUUUAAAAAGACUGUGACAAUGUGGGUAAGUGUGUGCAGGUGGAUAUAAUGCAGCAGUGCAGAAUAAAACAGACUGACAAUAAUAUUUAGGUGCAAGGGGGUUUAUUGAUGAACACUGUCCAGAGCUUUAUGGCAAACACCUGUAAAUAAUAAUUGUUGUAAAGUGAUACAGCAGUGUGUCUCACUUUAUUUGUAAUCCCUGGGUUUGACUCGCAACCAAAAAGUCCCGUUCUUUAUACACCCACAUGAAACACAAAACACAGUUAACAGUGAGUGGUUAUUAGUGCUUGUGGUGCAAAGACAGUUCUCUGUGAACAAAGGGAACUUACUGGUGUCUGGGUUUGAUGCUGGCUGAGUAGUGACAGCUCCGGAUCAAGCUAGCAGUCUAAAAUAACAAACAGACAGUUUUUACUUUGACAAACAAAACACAACACUCACGUUCUUUUUGAUUUUACAGGCUUUUGAUUCAUUCUAGGUUUUUGCUCUAACCAUUUACAAAGGAACAGAUCACUUUCACUACGUCCUCUAUUUAUACCCUCCCUCACGACCCCUUGGUUAACGAGCGCAUCCGCUCCUCCAAUCCGCAGAUGCCACGCCGUUUCCCGUCCGGGUCAUUGAGUUUGGGUAUCGUAGUUUAGCCCCUUUUCUAGAUGGUCGACUUCCACCUAACCCUGGGAAUAAACUGUCACGCCAUUUAGCCCAGGGUACUCUGUUCCCUUUACACAGCGCCCUCGCAGGUCGGGAGGGAGAUCUAACACCAAGAAUCAUUCGAUCUCUGUCACAAAGACACAAUGUGCAAUUUAUUGAGAAGACAUCUCUUUAACCAGAGUAUCCUAGUAUAUAUUAUGACAAUGACAGGGGAAUUAGAGCAGGGAGGGAAGCAAUGGUGAUAUCAGGGACACCAGGCACAGCAAGGACCACUGGGAUGAAAUCAGCUCACCUCGGUGGCAGGUUGAAUCCAGGUAUUAAUGGUUCACACCACAAGCUUUGAUGGCAUGUUUAAACAUGUUUAAAACUCCUUGUCUGCCCUUUUGGAACAAUCUUCUUUAGGCUGGUCUUGUCAGGGAACAAUAUUAUCCUAUUAGCUAAUCCACUGUCAGACAUGCUACUAAAGGUUAUUUUAGGUGUCUGCUUAGAGACCCAGAGACUCACUUACCUGACAAAAAGUAAAACAAAAACAAAACAGAGAAAAAUCACAGGCAAAACUAGAUGAAGCAUGCUAUUGAAUGAUGUUUGUUAUGUGUGUGUGUGUGUUUAUGUGUCUUAUCUUCUUCUAAGGUCUUCAAAGAGCUUACAUUAAUUAAGACUUCUACAGUAGAAAGUAACAGUGCUCCAUUUGAAUGUCACUUUUUGUGUUGCACUAGUAUCCUUUUUUUCAAAGAGAGAGAUAGUUGUGUAAUUGUGAAAAGUUAAUCUAUUCAUUGAUGUUUUUGCUGAUGCAAAUAUCUACUGUAAAGAUUUGUGUUGAAAAAUGUGUCAGGAUGUUGUACCAGAGCAAGAGCCUAUCUGUGAAUGGGAGUCUGCACAAUAUAGGGAGUCCGAACGAAAACACAUUCAAUUUACUUGAAGUGCACCAAGAAACAAAAUAAGAGAAGAGACUGUCUGCAACACAAAACUAGCACAUCUCAAAAAUGACCAAUACCUUUCUUUGCUGAGCAGUUAUCAUUAACCGAUACAGAGAUUUAGACAAUCAUGGACUUCUUUUGUUAGCUUUAGCCAGUUAACACGUCAGGGAAUCUUUUCUAACACCAGUAUUAAUGUGUCCAUGACAAACCCAUCACAAUUUCUCCAUACCUCCUGAUUUAAAAUUACAUUACAUUUCACAGCAAGUUCCCAGAUCUCAAUCUCACCAGAUAGGGGUCAUAUGCUUCACAAAGAUGGGAGUAUUGGUUACCCUCUGAGAAAAAUGGAUUCAUCAUGGAUCCUACAGCUGUGCAGAAAGCCGCUAAGAUAGAGAGCCCUGUGACUUUUUUUUAUCCCAGGGGAAAUCAGUGCAUUACAGUUUACAAAGGUAAGUAUUGCCUCUUCAUUCUCUGAUUGGGUGAUUAUCCAUCAUGAGGGGCUAUACAUUCUUCUGGAGAGGUUGCAUGCCGGUCACUUACGAGAAAAUAAAAAUCAGGAGCUUGUUAAUUGAUAAAUCAAAAUGUGCAUUAUCAAAGCUGUUAUCAUUUGCAUAGAUGGAUGUUUUCUGAAGGGAAUCUUAAUGUUUCUCUUAAAAAGAAAUCCAAAGACUCUGCAAAUCUACAUACAGUACAUUAUAAAGCCACUCCAUAGCCUUAAAUAAGAUAACAUAUAAUUAUCUGAUCAAAUUGGUUAUUUAGUUUGGUAUUUGUUUUUUACAGGUCUUCAACUCCAGGCAGUUGUUGUUCAAAUAAACAAAUGCCCUGCCUGGUUCAGUUGAAAAUAAAAAGCCUAUUUGAGAAACAAUACCAUUUUCCCUGAAAUCAGAAGAGAUUUUCUUUGUGUGUGUGUUAGCUUUUUGGGGUUUAAUAGUUGGAUCUCUCAGCCUUGUCUUGGUUCCCAUCAGUGACACCUUCAUGAACUCCUAGUUGACUCAGGAAGGCUCAGUAAUUCUAUUUUGCCCCAAGGAACAAACAUGUUGUUGCUUUAAAGUUCAACAGCAGCAAUUACUGCUGAAACAGCCUGAUGUUUUUUUUCCCCUUAAUCGCUGCAGAAAGAAUGGAGAAGAGGUUGACCUUUUCACCACAGGAACAGAAGAACUUCAUAAGAAAGGAUAAUAAUGCCUUAGGUCACAAUAAUAUUAUAUGAUCUUGACCUCAUCCAUACCUUAGUUCAAGUUCCACGGAGGAGUUUGGACCUUAAACACAGUGUUUUGCGAUGCGCUGAUGACAAUGGAUGUGAUGCUGUGCACUGCCUCAAUUUUCAACCUCUGCGCAAUAAGUGUCGACCGGUUCAUUGCCGUGUCCAUUCCUCUAAACUAUAACAGAAAGCACAUCGACCAGAGACAAAUAAUUCUGCUCUCCACCACCUGGAUUUUUGCAUUAGCCGUGGCUUCCCCUGUGAUCUUUGGGAUAAACCAUGUUCCUGACAGGGACCCGACCUUGUGUAAGCUGGAGGACAAUAAUUACAUCAUUUAUUCCUCGGUUUGUUCCUUCUUCAUUCCCUGCCCCAUCAUGCUGCUCCUGUACUGCCUGAUGUUCCGGGGUUUAAAGAAGUGGGAGGAGGCACGCAAAACCAAGCUGAAGAACAGCAUGCACGCCUCCAUGAAGUUUCAAAGCGGACACUCCCUGCCUCAGUGCCCCCCUCCAGCUAUCGAGAGGGAUCCGGCUGAUGUCAAACUGAAGGAACUCAAUCGCUAUUCUCAUCCAGACUGCACAUUUCCUAAGGAGUAUAAGGAUGGCCACACACAGACGAUAGCAUUACCAAAGCUGAAGUGUGUCCAGGCACCCUCUAAGAAGAAGCGAGCCAAAAUCAACGGGCGGGAGAGGAAGGCAAUGAAGGUGCUCCCGGUAGUUGUUGGUGUGUUUCUUCUCUGCUGGACUCCGUUUUUUGUGGUGCACAUCACAAGAGCACUGUGCGAGUCCUGUGACAUCUCCCCAGAGCUCAUGAGCAUCGUAACCUGGCUGGGGUACGUGAACAGUGCGUUGAACCCCAUCAUCUACACCGUCUUCAACACCGAAUUUAGGAACUUUUUCGGCAAAUUUUUGCGCAGUUGCUGUUAACAAGCAAUCUGAUAUGUACUGUAAGAAAGAGCGUAAUGAAACUGCAUUGUAUAGUAUAUUAAAAUAUAUUUCUUGUCACAAUAACUUUGUUUUGUACUCUUAUUUUGUCGAGUUGUUUACGGUGCUGUAAUAUUUUUAUAUAGCUUGCAUAGAAAAAGCAGGAGUUGGUUUGUUUGUUCCAGUGCAAUGUGAAAGCUUACAGCUCAGUAAAGAAAUCUGCAUGUGAACUUUUUUUUUUUUUUUUUUGCACUGGAGUGUGAUUUGAAUUAAAAAAUAACUGACUCCAUAUGGGAAAAUGCCCUAAGAGUCAUAACUGCUGUGGAAAAAAACCCAAAGAAACUUGCCAGAGGGAACCAUAUGAUGUACAACAAAACCAAUGUCAUCCGCAUGGACACUCUGAACUGUAUGAAUGAUUGAGAUACAGAGUAACUGAGACCAAGAAUUCCACAGCCACCAUACCACUUACUGAUAAUAUAGAUCAAAAGUUCUUAGGAAUCUAAGUUGUGCUGUUUUUGCUUAC